CCUCAGCUUUAAUCCGUCGUAUUCUGUACCUUCUCUACCAAGAUCUCCCCAUCUUAUCGACCCCAAACCGUUUAGUUUCUUUUCUCUUUGUUCCAUGUAUCAAUAAUUAUCCUUGUUUGCUAAUACAUCGAGGCACGAGUAGGCCUAAGAAGUGCAUCAUUCUCUAAUAUCGGGCUCCACCGUAUUUCCCUAGAUCCCGGCCCUCUACAACCCUAGGGCCCUGAUCUCUCACAACUUCCGAGUUUCGCGGCCAACUACCUGGCAGGUCUGGAACCUACAAUGGCGGACCAACACGACGUCGACUUGGACUCUAUCAUCGACCGCCUCCUAGAGGUGCGCGGUAGCAGACCUGGAAAGCAAGUUCAGCUUUUGGAAACCGAGAUCCGAUAUCUCUGCACGAAAGCUAGAGAGAUCUUCAUCAGCCAGCCAAUCUUACUCGAGCUAGAAGCUCCUAUCAAGAUCUGCGGUGAUAUCCACGGUCAAUAUUAUGAUCUUUUACGUCUCUUCGAAUAUGGUGGCUUCCCGCCAGAGGCAAACUAUCUCUUCCUCGGCGACUACGUAGAUCGUGGCAAGCAGUCGCUAGAGACCAUCUGCCUUCUACUCGCCUACAAAAUCAAGUACCCCGAGAACUUCUUUAUCCUAAGAGGUAACCACGAGUGUGCGUCCAUCAACCGUAUCUAUGGUUUCUACGACGAGUGCAAGCGCCGUUACAACAUCAAGCUAUGGAAGACAUUCACCGACUGCUUCAACUGCUUGCCCAUCGCCGCUAUCAUUGACGAGAAGAUCUUCACCAUGCACGGUGGCCUAAGUCCCGAUCUCAACUCGAUGGAGCAGAUCCGUCGAGUCAUGCGCCCAACCGAUAUUCCUGAUUGUGGCCUGCUCUGCGAUUUAUUAUGGUCCGAUCCCGAUAAGGACAUUACAGGCUGGAGCGAGAACGACCGUGGCGUGUCAUUCACGUUCGGUCCCGACGUUGUUUCUCGGUUCCUGCAAAAACACGACAUGGACCUGAUCUGUCGUGCCCAUCAAGUCGUUGAAGACGGGUACGAGUUCUUCUCGAAGCGCCAACUAGUUACCCUGUUUAGUGCGCCCAAUUACUGCGGUGAAUUCGACAAUGCCGGUGCUAUGAUGAGUGUCGACGAGAGCUUGUUAUGUUCCUUCCAGAUUCUCAAACCUGCUGAGAAGAAACAAAAGUACGUCCAUGGCGGCCUCGGAGGCAGCGGUUUCGCAUCUCCAAGAAAGCAAUCAUCCAAGUCUUAAGCAGAAAGAGUAUUCAUACCGACUUCCUCGUCUUCUAGGUUCGGCCGCAACCGAUAAAUUGCUACGACGCACACCUCACCCGGUACUCGAGCUUCGAUUUUGUCCUCGCCCAACGAUCCCAUUGGAAUCUUGCUUGCGCCUUCGACCGUCGCCAACGGCACCAAAUACCCUCCGACCGCCAACGGGCGUUUUGAUGAUGCAGACCCUCGAGUACAACCUUUAUGACCCGCCGCUUCCUCCGCGAAAUACACAUGCCCUUGUGACCUCACUUUACCUCAGAACGGAUGACACACACAGAAGAGAUGAUGAUGGAUGGUUGUUGUUAUUACACGAGAAAAGAAAUAAAAUCAGGUUUUUCAUUUGGAAUGGUCUCCACGAGUGUCCUCAGCCCACCUCAGCGUGGCCAUGGUGACAGGGGAGAAGUCUAGACAGUUAAUUUUGUUUCCCCGAGACGUGAAACUUACGAAUUCAUGCAAUGAUCUGCUCUCACGGUUCGUGCUUUGCUGCUUUGCCUUGUUUAGUUGUCAAGUGAAUUGAUACGACUAAUAAAUUUUUAUGUUGCUUUCUGUA